AUGAAAAGUUUCAUCAGCAUAAGUCUGUUAACUAGUUGCAGAAGAGCAUCCACAAUUGUGCUAAGUGCGUAUAGAAAUGCAUCCAGCAGCACAGGGAACAUUUCCCCGCUGGUUCGUUCCAUCAAACAACGAACAGCAUCCACGGGCGCCUCACCACUAUCCGGCCCUACAUCUGGACCAAGGAGUAUCGGCAGCCCGUACUUUGUCAGUCGAGCUCCGAAAGUAACCUCGGCCGCCUCCACCAAUGGCGGUGUUACGAGCGAUGACGAAUUCAUCGAGGCCAUCGUGUGCCAGGAGGCGGACAUUGGCGAAAACCAGAUGAAGCAGGUCGAGCUGGGCGAAGGCAAGGUGUUGCUGGUCCGUCAGAACGGCAAACUGUCGGCAAUUGGUAACAAGUGCUCGCAUUAUGGAGCGAUGCUUGUCACUGGAGCACUUGGAGACGGACGCGUACGAUGUCCGUGGCAUGGAGCAUGCUUCAACGUCGAAACGGGUGAUAUCGAGGAUUUCCCGGGCAUGGAUUCCCUGCCAUGCUAUCGCGUGACCGUAGGUGAUGCGGGUGAAGUGAAGGUACGCGCGAGACGCACCGAGUUGGCCACCAACAAACGAGUGCGUGUGAUGGCCAAACGGGAAUCACAAGACGAACGCACGUACGUCGUCAUCGGAGGAGGUCCUUCGGGUGCUACGUGUGCGGAAACCCUUCGACAGGAAGGCUUCACCGGCCGGGUGGUGCUAAUAAACAAGGAGCCCUGUUUGCCGUACGAUCGCAUCAAAGUGAGCAAAACGAUGGACAUGAACCUGGAAAAGUGCCUGCUUCGUACGCAACAGUUCUACGACGAUAACGACAUCGAGGUGAUGCUGGGCACGGAGGUGACGCGGCUCGAUGGUGCGGGACGUGAACUCACGCUCGACAAUGGGUACAAAAUCCGGUAUGACAAGGCGUACAUUGCGACCGGUUCCAAACCUCGUCGGGCACCGAUUGAGGGAGCGGAUCUCGACAAUGUGUGUGUUUUGCGAACAGCUGCGGAUGCGAAACACGUGAACGGUCAGCUCGGGGCGGAAAAGAAGAUCGUCAUUCUGGGAACCAGCUUCAUCGGCUUAGAAGCGGCGGCCUACUGCGUGGGAAAGGUUGCUAAGGUGACUGUUAUUGGCAGAGGAGCGGUGCCUCUGAAGGAAUCGUUCGGAGACGCGAUCGGACAGCGGGUGAUGGAACUGUUCCAGGAGAAAGGCGUUGAAUUUGUGAUGAAUUCCGGUAUCCAGAAAUGCAUAGGCGAGGCGGGAACGUUGAAACAGGUCGAGCUAACGGACGGUAGCCUGCUGGAUGCGGACAUCUGCAUUUUUGGCAUAGGUUCGACGCUUUAUACGGAGUUUUUGGCAGAUUCGGGAAUCACUGUCAAUCGUAAUGGGUCGAUUAAUACGGAUCAGUAUUUGGCUACGAAUUUAGAAGGCGUUUAUGUGGGAGGCGAUAUUGCAAAUGCGCCUGUUCACUCGAACCAAGACCAACAAGCCACGAUAGGCCACUACCCGUUGGCACAGUAUCACGGUCGCAUAGCGGCGCUUAACAUGGUAGGACGAGUUACUCCGCUCAAAGCGGUUCCGUUCUUUUGGACGGUUCUAUUCGGUAAAUCGUUCCGAUACUGUGGAUAUGGCAACCCAGCGGAGGUCAUCAUCGAGGGUGAUUUGAAAGAACUGAAAUUCGUUGCUUUCUACAUCGGGAAAGACGGACGCGUUAUUGGAAUGUCAUCUUGCCAGCGAGACCCUGUGGUGGCCCAAUUUGCCGAGUACUCCGCGCAAGGCAAAGUGUUGAACAAGAGUGACCUCUCGCCGGACCCGUUGGCAUGGACAAUAGCGUAAAGCAUACGGCAAUCAGAU